GUUCGCGAAGCAGGAUGCAAUAUGUACACUGUACUAUGUACAGCGCAGCGUAAAAUAGUAUCUGUAGAAAGGUGAAGAUGAAUGCUCAUCGUCAUCGCGCUGCACGCAGUACGCAUAUAGCACGUCGCUGGCUGGCGAAAGAUGAAUCCUGAUUCCGGGGACGAAUCCAGACGUGCGGGAAUGAUCGAGAAGACUUUUGCCCUGCUGCUAAGCCCAAGCCCAAGCCCAAGCCACCCGCCGACCCCCCGGCCGCGUUGGGAGGGCGAGCUUCCGCUCCCGGUCUCGGUCCUGGUCCUGGUCGUGGUCCUGGUCGUGGUCCUGGUCGUGGUCCUGAUCGCUUCGCGCUGCUUCCUGCUUCCUGCCUCUGCCUGCGGUCCCGGCGUGUUCUCAGGGUCGGUCGGCCGAUACCUACAUACCUAUCGCAAACCGGAAACAGCAACGGAAACGGAAAUGGAAACAUGGAGAAACGGCCGGAUCUCGACACACGCCCACUCACACCACACUCACACACCCACACACGCCCACUCACACAUAUGCAAGCACGCAACUCGCAUGCAACACACUCGCAACACACUCGCAACACGUAAGCGCACCCAGGAGCCUGUACGGGGGCCUAGGGGCUGCGGUGGGCGGUGGGCGGUGGAGAGAUAGACAAUGCCAUGUAUGCAAGUAUGCAUGGUACAUAAUGGAUAGCGAAAUCAACCCUGUCUCUGCCGCCCA